UUACAGUGGAUGCCCUUACACAGGGACUCGAACCCAUAAGUCAUGAGGUGGUUUUUAGACCUACAGCCUUACAAGUUUUUGGUUGUUUAUCGUCAAGGAGUGCUCCAAGCCAAUGCCGAUACCCUUUCCCGGAGCCACGACCUCACGGACAGAGGCUCUUUGCUGCUUGCUCCCCUUUUCCAAGUACUAGGAGGAGAAGCUGAGAAAAAAGACAACAAAAAAAGUGAAAAAAUGGGAAGUUACACAGUGAGCCUCAGUGGACCUGCCCCAUGGGGUUUUAGGCUACAAGGUGGAAAAGACUUCAACAUGCCUCUUACAAUCUCCAGGAUUACCCCUGGCAGCAAGGCUGCCCAAGCUAAUUUGAGCCAAGGUGACAUCAUUGUGGCAAUCGAUGGAACAAGCACUGAUGGAAUGACCCAUCUGGAGGCACAGAAUAAAAUUAAAAGUGCCAGUUACAAUCUGGCCCUCAGUAUGCAGAGAUCAAAACGCCCAGCUCCUGUUCCCACAGCGACUCCACGAGUUGACUCGCCAAUGCCUGUUAUUCCCCACCAGAAGGUCAUUGCGAACACUGUUGCAAACACUGAAUAUGUCCCGAGCUUCAAUCCCAGCAUAUUGAAGGACUCUGCUUUGUCCACACAUAAGCCCAUAGAAGUUAAAGGUCCAGGUGGCAAGGCCACCAUCAUUCAUGCCCAGUACAACACCCCCAUUAGCAUGUACUCACAGGAUGCAAUUAUGGACGCCAUUGCUGGUCAAGCCCAGGCACGGGGCAGUGAUCUGUCUAGUACUCUACCAGUUAAAGAUCCUCUCGUAGACAGUGCCUCCCCUGUAUAUCAGGCUGUGGUCAAAGACAAGGAAAAAGGACAAAAUCCUGAAAUAGAUGAAUGGGCUCGUCGAGCAGCCAACCUACAGUCCAAGUCCUUUCGUAUUCUGGCUCAUCUGACAGGAACAGAGUAUUUGCAAGACCCAGAUGAAGAUGCAUUGAGGAGAUCAAGGGAAAAGUUUGAAUCUGAAGUAAAAGGCCCACGUUUUGCUAAAUUGAGAAACUGGCACCAUGGCCUGUCUGCACAAAUCCUUAACAUUCAGGGUUAACUGCCCAUGUGUAAUAGGGAAAAAUAUGAUUAAUAGAAAGAAAGGGAAACGUGAAGCAGUAACAAGCUAGAAAAAAGUAUUUAGCUCCUGUGAUGUGACAUAGCAUAGCUGAUAUAAUAUAGUUGCUUGAGAAGUGCUUGUUGUCAAAUGUGAUUGUACUCUGCCACUGUAAGCUAGUUGUAAUUAUGUUAAGGUAUUGAUUCAGCUGAUUGUGAAGAAAGGUGUUAUUUGCUGUAAAACACAACACUGUAUGUAAACGAUUUGAAAUAAUUGAUUUGGAAGGAUUUUUAGAACUACUCCUGUUGAUAUUUCUGGAGUUUUAUAAACCUUCUUCCAAUAUUUAUUUACACAUACUUUUGACUUGGUUGACUAGCAUUGCCCUAAUGUUAAUGUUAGUAGUUUAAGCUUAAAUUUUUGUAUGUCUGGUGGCUUUUGAGACUUUUAAGUAAUAUCCCCAAAACACUGCCAUUUAGCGUUACCAAAAGCUGCUAACUUUCCAGAGCUAAACUAUCAGAAUUUAUAGAAGGGGGUGAACUUACGUAGACCAAUUGGUCACCUUGCAGAAUGUAUUUUUCUUACUGUCUGGUAAAGCAGGCCCAAAGGCACUUAACAACUGGUUAAAGUAGAAAGUUUACUAAAAAUGUCGAGUACAGUGAAGGUAAACGGUGUAGGGAAUUAUUAACCAUCCAACCCAUUAAUAAACAUAUUGUUUUGGCAGUUAAUUGUAAAUAAGGACGUACAGAUUUUUGGGAUUCACUAAACAAGUACGCCAUUCAUUUUAAAAUUUGUUAUAUGGGGGGAAAAAAAACCCUGCUGUGUCAGUAAAUAGAAGGCCAUAAUAAUCCAAAUGAUGUAUUUGACAAUAAAGGUAAAAGAAGACAGUAAUCAAAAAUAUGCUUUUUGUUUCUUCACCUCAGUUAACUCUGAUAUUAUCAGUUGCUUUCAGUUUGGAAACAGUAAACAUACAGCAAAACUGCUCUCUAUGGCCUUGCAAACUGCUAUAUGUAAGAGUAGUUGUAAUAUUCUUUGUAGAAUGUUUGUUUUUAAUGUAACAAAUAAUUAUGCUCUUUGACAAAAUCAGAACUUUAUAAAUGUAAUAAAUGCUGCAAAAGUAUCUUUAAUGCACAUACACUGUUUAGUGGAGCUUUGAAGGCUUCAAUUUGCACAGUAAAAUGUAAUGUUUUGCUUCUGUUUUUAAAUUAUGGUCAACACACCUAAUUUAUACAAAAAACAUAACAUUUUUUUUAAACACUACCCUCUUUACCAAUUUUUAUUUUUUCUGUUUAAAGAGUAUAUUUAAUGUUUUACUGAAGGAAAUAGAGCUGAUGGAGGAAAAACAGGCUUCAGGUCUGCUACACAGAACCGAGCUUGUAUGUGAAGCUCAUAAGAUGCUGAGGCAUAAUUAAACAUGUCGUAUGAUGUAUUCAAAAUUAAAGGAAAGUUUAACAUUUCUAUAUUAUAUUAAAUAUUGCAGAGGGAAGCUGUUGUUUUGGACUGGUGCCCUUUACGGGGCUGUUUCCUGCCCUGCUGUGAUAGGGUUCAGCCCAACACAACCCUGAGUUGAAUUAGGCAGGUUUAAGAAUGAGGUGAGAAGAGAAAAUCUGUAUUUGUAUUUUUGAGUAAGGGAUUAUCAGUUUAUUAUGUUAAAUAUUCACACAUAAGAAUGUAAAUGAAUGGUUUUGAUCAUUUUUGAUAAGGUGGAAUUAUUUGGCAUGCUAGAUUGGCACUGCAUUCAAAUGGCUAAACUAUAUCAGGAUGAGGAAUGUAUAUUGUUAAUAUUCAUUUUAAGUAAUAUAUGUUAAUCUUUAUUUUUUGGGUAUUUUAACAAAAAUAUUUUUGGAUUAUUAUGGACCAUCUUUGCAAUGCAUAUAACAAACCCUAAAACAUUUUCUAUAGAUUCUUUAUAUUUUAAAAGUCCUUCUGCUGAAAUCAGUUUAAAACUUCAACACUGUUUGUAAUUCAUAGCCUUUCCUAUUAGGUUUUGCAUUAUAUUAACAAGGCCGGGGCACUGUUUCCCUUGUUUCUGAUUUAUGAGAUUGUUUAUGGUAAAUAAAAAUCAUAUUCAUGUAAAUAGGAAAAGGGAAGAGACAGAUGUCUCUCAUCUAGCUGUAUACCAUAUGUGUUCAGACUAAAGCAAUGUUUGUAAAUCCAACCUCUCAACUUUCCCAAGUCAAUCCUGUAUCUAUCCAUAUUCCCUGCUGUUAUAGGGCACUUGCACCUGGUAUUUUGGCCCUUUUCAUUUGACUGUCCAGAAUUAAUUUUCUGUUCAUUAAAAUUUAAUGGGCAUGAAAAUACAGAAUAUCCUCCUUGUUUAUAAAGGUCCACUUUCUUUUGUGGCAGGUUGAGAGGUCUGCAUGCAGUUUCAGUUUUACUCUGGCUGUAGAAUCAAAAUCACUCUGUAUAUAGUGACACAUUUCUUCUGAAAUAAAGAUAAUUGAAAAAUUAAAAGUUGACAGACAAAAA